AUGAUGGGCCCUUCGCUUGGACCGGUGAACCUCUUCGGAGAGGGCUCGCAGGAGGCCAAGGGCGAGCAAGCCCGCAUGUCCUCCAUCGUCGGGGCGCUCGCCAUCGCCGACCUUGUCAAGACGUCGCUCGGUCCGAAAGGGAUGGACAAGAUCCUGCAGUCGCACUCGCGCGGCGGGUCGGUCUCGGUCACAAACGACGGCGCGACGAUCCUCAAGUCGGUGCUCAUCGACAACCCCGCCGCAAAGGUGCUCAUCGACAUCUCAAAGGUGCAGGACGACGAGGUCGGCGACGGGACCACCUCAGUCUGCGCUGCCUUCCGGCAAGACCUCCUCAACAUCGCGAUGACAACUCUCUCGUCCAAGGUGCUCUCUCAGGACAAGGAGCACUUCGCCGCCAUCGCCGUCGACGCGGUGAUGAAGCUGCGAGGCUCGACCAACCUCGACCAGAUCCAAAUCAUCAAGCGGAUAGGAGGCACGCUCCGCCACGACCCGCCCCUCGGCCCGCACCUUCUCGGCCAUGCACGCUCAAGGACUCGCUUCCUGCUCGACAAGAAGAUCGGCGUCGGCUGCCCCAAGCGGAUGCGCGACUGCAAGGUGAUGAUUGCCAACUCGCCGAUGGACACGGACAAAGUCAAGAUCUACGGCUCCAAGGUCAAGGUGGACUCCGUCUCCAAGGUCGCGGAGAUCGAGGCGGCCGAGAAGAAGAAGAUGCUCGACAAGGUGGACAAGAUACUCGCCCACGGGUGCAACGUCUUCAUCAACCGGCAGCUCAUCUACAACCUGCCCGAGCAGCGCUUCGCCGACGCGGGAGUCAUGUCGAUCGAGCACUCGGACUUUGACGGCACCGAGCGGCUCGCGCUCGUGCUCGACGGCGACAUCGUCUCGACCUUCGACACGCCCGAGCGCGUCAAGCUCGGCUCGUGCGCCCAGAAGCGGAAGACGGGUUCGUGCGAGCUCAUCGAGGAAGUGAUGAUUGGGGAGGACAAGCUGGUCCGCUUCUCUGGCUGCCCAAACUCACAGGCUUCGUCGAUCGUGCUGCGCGGCGCCAACACGCACGUGGCGCACCGCUCGCUGCACGACGCGCUCUGCGUCCUCUCGCAGACGGUCAAGAAUACGGCCGUGCUGCCGGGCGGAGGCGCGCCAGAGAUGCUGAUGGCGCAGGCGGUGGAGGAGGAGUCGAAGCGGGUCGCCUCGAAGCACGUCGUUGCGAUGGAGGCGUACGCAAAGGCGCUGCGCACGAUGCCGAUGCACAUCGCGGACAACGCGGGCUACGACUCGACUGAGCUGUGCGCCGGCCUCAAGGCGAAGCACCACGAGGGGCGCCACACGUGGGGCCUCGAGAUGGACCGCGGCGGGCUGGGCGACAUGGUUGCCCUCGGCAUCUGCGAGUCGCUGCAGGUCAAGGAGCAGGUGCUCCUCUCCUCCUCCGAGGCGGCCGAGAUGAUCCUGCGCGUCGACGAUAUCGUGCAGUGCGCGCCGCGCCAACGGCAGCAGUGAGGCCGCACAGCGAUCCGCCGGUGCAGGGCGGGGCGUGCAGCUGUCGUUCGGGCGCAGCGGCUCGCUGUGUCGCUCCCGAGUGAUCGCCGCGUGCCGCCCCCUAAUACAGUAGAGCACCCCCUUUCGCGCCCCCGAUCUCACACUCUUUGGAUUUGGUUCGCGUGGUUGCUGCUUGAAGUUGUGUUCCGCGCAUUGUCCCCGUCUGUACGAUCAAUGAUGUCUUACAUAA